GGCGCCCGCAGCCCCCGUGAGGGAGCCCGGGCCGGGCCGGGCCGGGCGCGGAAGAUCCCCGCGAACCACGCUGGAACGGCUUCGGGGAUGGAGCCAUCCGUGCCGAAGGAGUUCUGAGCCGAUCACACGAGAAGUGCGCUCCACAUCUGGAGCGCUGUGUGCAGUUCUGGGCUCCUCAGUACCAGAGAGACGUGCAGCUCCUGGAGCGGGUCCAGGAGAGGGCAACGAAGGUGAUGAAGGGAUGUUAAGAGGAAAGGCUGAGGGAGCUGCGCCUUUUCGGCCUUGAGAAGAGAUGGCUGAGAGGGGCCCUCAUCAAUGUCUACAAGUACCUAAAGAGGGAACACCAAGAGUAUGGAUCCAGGCUCUUCUCGGUGGUGCCAAGGAAUGGGUCAAGAGGCAACGGGCAGAAGCUGAUGCUCAGCUGAUGCUGAACGUGAGGAAGAAAUUCUUUCCUGUGCAGGUGACCAAGCCCUGGAACAGGUUGCGGAGUCGCCCUCACUAGAGAUAUUCCAGACUUUUCUGGAUACAACCCUGUGCUCUGGGAUGGCCCUGCUUGAGCUGGGAGGUUGGACGAGAUGAUCCACUGUGGCCUCUUCCAACCUUACUUGGUUGAUUCUCUAAUUCUGUGAAGUUUCAGCUAAUGUGGCUGAUUCAAACUUUCUAGGACUUUGUACUUAAGAGUUGUGGAGCAAUCCUUGUUAUAAAGUCAAUAGCUUCCUGCUGGGACAGCCUCAAUUCCACCCACAUCGUGCUUCCUGUAGGCCUUCAGAUGUGCCUUGCCUGUACAGAUGGGGGGCCUCCAGGAUGUAUUCCUCUUGCUCCUGUCCAGGCCGCUGCAGUCAUGGUUGUGUUCCCAAGCUCUCAUACAGAACAUCAGAGGCAAUGCCAUCUGCACACCCACGUACUCAGGUCGCUCUGCUAAUCACACUCCUUCCUGCCCUGGACAAGAACAGUGUGAAGCUACUGGCUUGGUUUUGACCUUGCUUUGCCUUGUCUGGCUGGGAGACCCACCCCCAACCCCCAAGUUUGGAGCAUCUGUGCAUGGAAUAUGAUGAGGAUGAUGAUAUUUUCUUUGCAAAAUGGAUGAGCAGCUUCUGGGGCCACAACUUGAUCGAUGAGGAGAAAGAAGGCAGAGGCCACAAGAAACGUCAGCCACAACUCUGGAGUGAAAGGAGAGCAUCCCUACCGGCCAAGCUUUCCUCUCUCCAUACAACACGACUUCAUGCUUCUGCCAAAGGCUCAUCUUCAGGCCACCUCAGGGGCUCCAAGGAAUUUCAAGAACACCAAGAUGUCAAAUGUCACUGCCACAGGAAGGCAAGCAGAACACCUUCAGCAGACAGCUCAUGUCCGGAGACAAGAUCAAACUCCAUUCAGGAAUUUGCAGAGUCCUUUGAAAAGCAAUUGCAUCUCAAAAGCAAACGUUCAGUUUCUUUGCAACCUGAAGGUGCAAAAGAGAGACGAGAAAGAGAAAAAUUGCAUUUGAGAAAAAGCAAGUCUCAUAAAAAAAUGGAAGAGAAAUCAGAGGCAAGGAGAGAGCGGGAUGAAGCUGAAAGUUCAGAAGUACCUGCAAAACACAGCGAACAGUUUCCAUCACAAGCAAGCAUUCAGAAAGGUUAUGUAUCCACAGGCAGCUAGAAUGCAUUGAGAUAAUCAAUCUUUGCACUCCCCCUGAAGAGCAGAGGGAGCAUUCCUGUUCUGUUUUGACUAGAAGCAGCCUGUUAGCUAGAAUAACCCCUAAGCUGUAAAAUCAAAGUAAAACUCAACUGCAUCGCUGGCACCAUGUUACUACCUUCCUUUCUUUACUUUCGUCAUUAGAAAUAUGACCUUUGUCAUAGGAGUGUAUCAGUAGCAAGAUCCAAGUUAGAGAUUAACCACCAUAAGAGGAUUUCAGGCAUAUUUAGCAUUGCAGCAGGACAGUGGUGGAUGCGUUCCUUUAAGAGGAGGCCGCCACUUGUGUAUUACAGAGCCAUGAAAAGCCUUAUGUUUCUUUUUUAAUUGAAAACAGACUUUUUGGUAGGUUUGGGAAGAAAAAAAUACAUAUAAACAGCCAACUGCUUCCUGGCCCUGACAUUCACUUAGAUUUGUCUUGAAAACAGGUAUCUUUUUGCUCUGACAGUCUUUCAGCUCCAAAUUUAUGUAAGUAAGAGAAGAGAAGCCCAUGUUUUCUUCUACACCUCCCUGGUGUCUCACUUCUCUCUGCUUUUCCUGUCACUGUGCAGUGUGGCUUGUUUCACCAGCAUCUCCCAGCCCUUUCCCAUGUCCUCAGUCCCAUCUCCCCAGUCACACAACUAGUUCUUUCUCACGGAAUCUUUCCCACAUAAUCACAGAAUGACUAGGUUGGAAGAGACCUUAAAGAUCAUUGAGUCCAACCCAUGCCCUAACACCUCAACUAAACCAUGGCAUCGAGUGCCAUAUGCAGUCUUUUUUAAAACAUCACCUCAUUACCUUGCUUAUUUUGUGGCCUUUCCUUUCUCCGUUUACUACUUUACAGCCUUGUGGCUACCAACCUCUUCUGCUACAACUCUACUUUUGCUUCAUCAACAUCUGAGCCUUGCUGAAAAUUCUCUAGAAAAACCAGAGAUGUUCUGUCUCUCAUAUUUCCAUAUAAUAUCUUCAAGGGGUUGAUGGGGCAUUGCAAGCCUUUUUGCUUUUCCAGAAUUUGGGCCAAACUGGCUGUCCAUGGUGAGGAGGGCCUAGGAAAAUGCUGAUCCUCUGGCUGAGGAUGUCCUGAACACAGGUGUAAAUCUCAUCUCCACAUGCUCACAAACACAUACACACUCCCACAAUCCCACUAUGCUCCCCUCUCCUCAAAGUGCCAGUGUUCUCUGCAGAUACAGCCCUUCUCUCUUUGGGAAUAAUCUUCCCAGGCCUAGUGUGGAGAAAGCCUGAUUUGCGUAAUACGGGGAGAAAAGAGUGAAGAGUAAUGAAGUCAUGAGCAAAAGUCAAGGUCUGAUGGAUAUUCUUCCUGUGUUUUUUCUGUAAUUAACAAAAAUCUUACUAAUUUACCUUAGAGCCUUACUUUUGAAUAUUCAGCCCUUUGAAAGCUUAGGGCAUCCUUAAAACUUUGUAACACUUGUAUCCAUAAAGGGAUUGAGUUGUUUGGGUUUUUUUGUUUAGGGCUUUGGGAGAUGUAUAAGAAAGCAAUCGAACCCUUACUGAUGCUUGUAAAUUGCUUCUUGCCUCGUCAAAUGUAUUAUAAACUAAUAAAUCUAAU